CUCCCGCCUCGGCCUGCCUCCUGCUGAUGCUCCUGGCCCUGCCCCCAGCGGCCCCCAGCUGCCCCAUGCUCUGCACCUGCUACUCAUCCCCACCCACUGUGAGCUGCCAGGCCAACAACUUCUCCUCUGUGCCGCUGUCCCUGCCACCCAGCACUCAGCGACUCUUCCUGCAGAACAACCUAAUCCGCACGCUGCGGCCAGGCACCUUCGGGCCCAGCCUGCUCACCCUGUGGCUCUUCUCCAACAACCUCUCCGCCAUCUAUCCGGGCACUUUCCGCCACUUGCAAGCCCUGGAGGAGCUGGACCUCGGUGACAACCGGCACCUGCGCUCGCUGGAGCCCGACACCUUCCAGGGCCUGGAGCGGCUGCAGUCGCUGCAUCUGUACCGCUGCCAGCUCAGCAGCCUGCCCGGCACCAUCUUCCGCGGCCUGGUCAGCUUGCAGUACCUCUACCUCCAGGAGAACAGCCUGCUCCACCUACAGGAAGCAAUAACACACCCUCCAAACCACCCUGAGAAAAUCUUCCCUUGGCUACAGAGCCUCUGGCUGGAAGGGGGUGAGGAUAUCCAAAUUCUGCCCUCUCCCUACUGGAACCUGGAAGGUGCUGCCUCUGCCUCAUCCAGGGCUAGUGCCUAACUAGUUACCAAUCUGCUGGUUGGAAAAUCAGGUCAGUGCUGAUGAUGCUAAUGAUAAUAACAAUAGCCAUAACAAUCUAACAAACAUACUGAGCGCCCACUACGAGCUAGGUGCUAAGAAUACAGCACUGAACAGAACAGACCAAACCCCCUGCCUUCGCAGAGAUACCAUUCCCAUGAGGAGGGGAAGAAGUAAAAUGCACAGUAUAUUGGAGAAAUAUGUCUUCUGUUAUUCUAUUGUUGCCUAAAUAGUGACAGUAAUAGCAGUAGCCGCCACCACUUAGUGGGUACACAGGGUCAGUCCCUGUGCCAAGCUCUUUACAGGUAUCCACUCUGCCAUUUGUGGCUUUUUUUUUUUUAAACCUCCUCAGACCUCAGUUUUCUCAUCUGUACAAUGGGGGUAGCAAGAGCACCCAUCUCCUAGGGAUUUUGAAAGCAUUAAAUGCAUGAAUAAUUUGUAAAGCACUUAGAAUAGUGCUUGGCAUACGGUAAGUGCUAUAUAAAUGCUUGUUAAAAUACUAUUUUAAAAAAAGAAACGAGCCUUAUUUAACAUUGGUUUCGGUGAAGUGGCCCAACUUGGACUCCAUCCUGAAGAUGUGGGUCAACUUCAAGGAUUAUACUGAGGUCAUGAGUGAGUCCCAGACAACACCCCCCUUUUGUCCUCUUCCUAAAUUUGCCUAGCACCUCACGGUUUAUGAAGUGCACUCAGCCACCUCAUCUCAUUUCUAUAGCCCAGUUGGGAGAUUAUUUUUGCCUACUUGUUAACAAUGGAGAAGCUGAGGCUGGGGGCCCUGAAGACUCUAUAGAGAUAUAGUCGCCUCUAAUCAUAAAUCUUUCAACCACUGUCGAUGUGACUGGAGGCUCAUGUCUUCUCACCAUCACGUUCAGCCUCACAACAGCCUGGUGAUAGGGACAGUUAGGGGCACUAGGGACAUGGAACGAAUGUUCCUGAGGCCAUAUAGCCAGGAAGAGCUGGUGCUUGAACCUCGUGGUCUGCCUACAAGGGGACAGUACUCUGGAGUACCAUGAGCAGGCUCAUGUUUGAAAGCACACACUUUGGACUCAGCAAGACCUACGUUCAAAUCCUGGCUCCUAUAUAACUUUGGACAAAUUACUUAACUUCUCCCAAUCUCCAUUUCCUCAUCUCUAAAAUGGCAAUCAGGAUAGUACUAAAUAAUAACCUUUUUUUUUUUGAGACGGAGUCCCGCUCUAU